AUGAGCACCGGCGGCAGCGACCUCGACAAGGCGAUCCAGCAGCUGCGCGCCUGUCGCCCCAUCCCCGAGGCGCAGGUGCGCGAGCUGUGCUACAAGGCGCGCGAGCUGCUGAUCGAGGAGGGCAACGUCGUCGGCGUCGACGCGCCCGUGACCAUCUGCGGCGACAUCCACGGCCAGUUCCAUGACCUGAUGGAGCUGUUCCGCGUCGGCGGCGACGUGCCGGACACAAACUACCUGUUCAUGGGCGACUUUGUCGACCGCGGCUUCUACUCGCUCGAGUCCUUCCUCCUCCUGCUGUGCCUCAAGGUGCGCUACCCCGACCGCAUCACGCUGAUCCGCGGCAACCACGAGUCGCGCCAGAUCACGACCGUAUACGGCUUCUACGACGAGUGUCUGCGCAAGUACGGCAGCGCCAAUGUCUGGCGCUACUGCUGCGACGUCUUCGACUACCUCGCCCUGGCCGCCCUCGUCACGGGCGCGGCCACGUCGCUCGAGCCCACGGACGGGCCCGUCGCCUCCAACAGCAACGCCGACAGCCUGCCGGGCCUCGGCCAGGACAUUGAGAUCGAGACGCUCAACGCCGCCGGCGAGAUCAUGUACCGCUACGCUCGCAGCGGCGACGAGCAGGGCUCCGUCUCCGGGGCCAGCGCGCACAUGGGCUCCUCGUCGCCGGCGUCGGCGCCGACGCCGCCGACGCCGGCCAACGUCGGCGCCCCGGGCACUGCCGCGUCGGCGUCGGCCAACGGCUCCAGCCGCAACGACACGGGCGCCAUCCUGUGCGUGCACGGCGGCCUCUCGCCGCUGAUUGACAGCAUCGACAAGAUCCGCCUGCUGGACCGCAAGCAGGAAGUCCCCCACGAGGGCGCCAUGUGCGACCUGCUGUGGUCCGACCCGGACGAGAUCGACGGCUGGGGCCUGUCGCCGCGCGGCGCGGGCUUCCUCUUCGGCGCCGACAUUGUCAAGUGCUUCAACCACACCAACGACCUCAGCCUGAUUGCGCGCGCCCACCAGCUCGUCAUGGAGGGCUUCAAGGAGAUGUUCGACAGCACCAUCGUCACCGUCUGGUCCGCCCCCAACUACUGCUACCGCUGCGGCAACGUCGCCGCCAUCCUCGAGCUCGGCGAGGACGGCAGCAACGCUGGCUUCACCCGCCGAACCAACGGCGAUCGCGGCGCGGGCGCUGCAGGCUGGGUCCUGGGCAGCAACGACGGGCCCAACAGCGCCAACGGCGACCGCAGACUGAGCGCCGUGCUCGGCGAGCAGCGGAACCGCGACGGGCCUGGGCGGCGCUAUCGCGUCUUCGAGGCCGCGCCCCAGGACAGCCGCGGCAUGCCCGCCAAGAAACCCGUUGCCGACUAUUUCCUGUAG